AUGGCCAGAAAACCUCGAGGUGAUUGUCUUCCAAACCGGUUCCCCAGAAUAAAUGAUGCGCAACAUGUUCACAACGGAAGCGCAGACAAUAAGGAUAAUGGCAACAAGUUUCUUAUUGAACAGCAAACCCAACAGAAGACUUCGAAUCAAGUCGAAAACCAUAUCAACAGCAACGGAUUCUUUUCUGAUAAGUUGGAUAACAACAGAGUGAAACCUCUGCCUGGCAAGGUUGUCGAAGAAAAGGAUGCGAUGCAGGGUCUCCAGUAUGAUGACACUGACAGCAACGCUGUGAGGCAAGCAAGCAUCAGAUUUAGACUGGGAUUCGGUCAAUUUUGGCAUCUCGCAGACACCUUUCGCAAGAAAAUACAAGAUCUUUUUGAUCUCAAAACACUGAAUUCAGAAACCGACGCAACUUGGCUAAGAGGGUCCCGGUUCUUCCUCGAGACCCCAGCGCAAGCAAGCGAAAGAGCUUCCGAGACUUUUAUGUCGAGCGCCGUCCAGAAGAGGCGCAUAGUGAUGAGCUUCAAAAGAUCAGAGGUCGCCUCUUAG